CUACUACGUACCCUCACCCAACCAAACCACACAAUAAUCCCAUAUCAAAUUCCACACCCCUCUUUAUCCUCCCACCACCACCACAAAUUACGAAAAUGUCCUCCCGUGCCCUAACCGCCACCGAGCAAACAUGGUCCCGAGCCUUGACCCGGGGCACAGGGACCACAGUCCUCGUGCUCCAGAUGGCCAAACCCUUUUCCGAAGCCCCACUCCUCCGCGAAAUACUAUCGAAGCUCCAAAACUCUCACCCGGCCCUCGCCACAAAGCUCCACCACGACUCGGCCGCGAACGAGUGGUCCUUCGUCGAGCCCUCGCGCCCGAGCGUCGAGGUCAGAGUCCACGACCUCAAAUCGACCUCGACCCUACUCAAAACCCUCUCGACAAAGCAAAAUUCCAAUAAUGCCCUCACCCCUUGCCACCUCCUCCUCGAACGCGAGAUGAACGUCGAAGAAGGCUCGUGGUCCGACCCCGGCAAAUUUCCUCACGAGGGUAUUAACGUAAUUUGCGCGGGCGUGUACGCGCUUUCCGAGGCGAAAUGCGCGAUUGUGUUACGUUUGCAUGCGUCGGUGUGCGACCGGACAACGGCCGUGUCGCUGCUGAGGGAGCUGAUGGAGCUCACGGCCGAGGCCGAUGGGGUCACGGGCAAGGGGACGGGUAAGGGAAUAAGUAAUGAUGGUGAGGGUAAAAUGGGAAUUGAGGGUAUGAUACCUGUUGGGAAGGCGAAAAAGACGAUAUGGGCGCAUGGGGUUGAUAUGUUGGGGUACAGUGUGAACUCGUUCAGGCUGAGUAAUUUGAAGUUCAAGGACACGAAGAUGCCGAGAUUUUCGGAGGUGGUGAGAAUGCAGAUGGACGCGCGGCAGACAGCGGGGAUUUUUGCUGGCUGUAAAUCGAGAGGGAUUAAGCUUUGCGGAGCAUUAGCAGCCGCUGCACUAAUUGCUGCACAUUCUACCAAAAACGAGACCGAUCAGCUCACAAAGAAGAAAUACGGAGUCGUAACUCUGAUCGAUUGCCGCCCUCAUCUCGAACCCGCUCUUUCCCCUAACCAUUACGGAUUCUACCAUGCGGCCGUCCUCAACACACACACCCUCAAGGGCAGCGAGAUCUUUUGGGACUUGGCCUCCCAAACAUACACCGAUUUCUUGCGCUACAAGAAAUGCAACAAGCAUUUUUCUGACAUGGCCGACAUAAGCUUCCUCAUGCGCAAGGCCAUGGAUAACCCGACCCUCACGGCAUCCUCCUCCCUAAGGACUUCGCUUGUCUCGGUUUUUGAGGACCCUGUGAUUGACGACUCGGGACUUAUGCGAAAGUCCAUAGGGGUGGAAGACUACGUGGGGUGCGCGUCACUCCACGGCGUGGGCCCCUCGCUCGGGAUUUUUGACACUGUCCGAGACGGCCAGCUGGACUGUGCGUUCGUGUACCCGUCCCCUCUGCACUCGAGGGAGCAGAUUGCGGAGCUCGUGGGCCGCAUGAAGAAAAUUCUUGUCCAAGAGAGUAGUAAUUGAAUCGAUUUGUUCGGUUUCGGUUUUCCCGAACGUUUAUUGUUUUACGAUUCAUGCAUGUACGGUUUAGUAUUAAGGUUAAUGGGCGAGAAAUAUCUCGAUUCAAGGAUUUUCAUCUGUUUCGAUGCGCUAAUUGUUGGAAUAUCACUCGUGAGUUGUCCCACAUUGAUUCUACAGGGUGAAUGAAUUUAUAAGCCUAAUGAGUUACUCCUCCCAUCACCAAUUGGUU